AUGCGCAGCGUGUUACCAGAGGAGGAGGGUUGCGAAUCGGGGAAUCCUGCGAACUCAUGCGGCCGAUGGAGUUCAACCAGGGAAUCCUCUCGAAGCAGCUGGUUCCAACAGUUCCUGGAUUUUUUCCUAUUGCCAUGGCGUGACUCCGAGGCGGUGGAGAGAGAAGAGAACCCCGUGAUCAUCGGAGGAAGUCCUGCGACCAUCAGUGAAGCACCAUGGCUCGCCUUCGUUGAAUACACCAUAGCUGGCAAAUCAUCUUGGUGCACAGGCUUCAUCAUCGAUCAGCGCCACGCCCUGACUGCUGCUCACUCUAAUUACCAACAGGGAUAUGACAUCGCCGUGAUCAAACUGGCAAACCCCUUGAACUUCACGCCCUCCAUCCAGCCGAUCUGCAUAGCGAGGUCCGACAACUUGAACAGUGCGACAGCAUGCUAUGCCAAGAUGUUUGGUUGGGGUUCCACCACCACGGAUGGGAAGACCUAUCCCACUAAUCUGAAGAAAGUGGAUGCUGUCGUCCUUCCAAGGGAUUCCUGUUCCGCUGAGUACAACAGAGGGAUCAUAUGCGCCAGAGGUCGCACGACAGGGACUGGAACUUGUUCUGGGGAUAGUGGUGGACCUUUGGUCGUGUACGUCAACGGCAUAGCCUAUGCCAUGGGGGUGGAUUCGUACGGUGGAAAGCCGUGCCUAUCCUUGCCCAGCCACUACACUCGCAUCACCUCCCAUGUCGACUUCAUCAACUCUGUAGUCACUACA